CGGGAGCGGUGCCGAGACAAAUUUCCCUACUCGAUGACAUUUCAUCGCAAUGUCCGAUCGUUUGGGGCAAAUAACGAAGGGCAAGGAUGGGAAAAGCAAGUACUCGACCCUCAGCCUGUUUGACAAGUAUAAGGGAAGAUCAGUAGACGCGGCCAGAUCCUCAGUUGUUCCUAGACAUGGCCUACAAAGUCUCGGGAAGGUGGUCACAGCCCGGCGCAUGCCGCCGCCGGCAAACUUGCCGAGCCUGAAGUCUGAGAACAAAGGAAACGACCCCAACAUCGUAAUAGUACCCAAGGACGGUACGGGAUGGGCAAACAAGACGGACCAGCAAGACCCAAAGAGUUCCAGUGCAACGGGCUGUCAGCCGCUGGAGUCGCUGCCGCAGCCGGGUUUGCAGAAAUCUGUCUCCAAUUUGCAGAAGCCGACGCAGUCAAUCAGCCAGGAGAAUACAAAUUCAGUGCCAGGUGGACCAAAGUCAUGGGCACAGCUGAAUGGAAAGCCAGCAGGACACGAAGGUGGUUUAAGGGGCUCAAGCCGACUGUUAUCCUUCUCUCCCGAGGAAUUUCCGACGCUGAAAGCAGCUGGGGGCCAGGACAAGGCUGGCAAAGAAAAGGGCGUCUUAGAUCUGUCGUAUGGGCCAGGACCAAGCCUCCGCCCACAGAACGUAACGAGCUGGAGGGAGGGCGGCGGGCGGAACAUCAUCACUGCUGUGGCUCUGAGCGCAUCCCCGCCUGAGCCGGGCAGCAGGGGUGCAGGCGUGGGAGACGGAGCCCCCUCGUCAGCCGGUGCCAGUGAUGCCAAGGACCCCUCGCUCCGCCCAGCCCAGCCCGUCCGCAAAGGGGCUUCGCAGUUUGUGGGCAAUGUGUACCACCCACCCACCUACCAUGACAUGCUGCCCGCCUUUAUGUGUUCACCACAGUCGUCGGAAAACCAGGGCCCAGCAGAGCGAGGCUCUUUCCCUCUCCCCCAGCUCCGCCUGGAGCCCCGCGUCCCUUUCAGGCUGUUCCAGAUGAAUGAGCAGGAUGGCAAGGAAAGCAGGCCGGGGCUCCCACGCCCAGCACGGCCCCUGCGGCAGCUGGUGGAGCGUGCGCCACGGCCCACGAUCAUUAACGCCGAGAACCUGAAGGGCCUCGACGACCUGGACACGGAUGCAGACGAUGGCUGGGCAGGCCUCCACGAGGAAGUAGACUACUCUGAGAAGCUCAAGUUCAGUGAUGACGAGGAGGAGGAGGAGGCUGUGAAGGAUGGCCGGCCCAAGUGGAACGGCUGGGACCCGAGGCAACAGCGGCAGUUGUCCGUGAGCUCAGCCGACAGUGCCGAUGCCAAGCGCACCCAGGAGGAGGCAAGGGACUGGAGUGAGGCCUCCAGUUUGUCCCGCGUCAUCUGGAAAGUGCCGGAGCCUCAGCCGCCGGUCAGGAAGCUGCACAGCUGGGCGUCGGGCCCAGAGCACCAGAAGCCCCCCGUGGGCAGUGUGUUCCGGCAGCAGUCCGUGGAAGACAAGGAGGACAAGCCCCCUCCGCGGCAGAGGUUCAUCCAGUCCGAGAUGUCAGAGGCUGUGGAGCGAGCCCGCAAGCGGCGGGAGGAGGAGGAGCGCCGGGCACGGGAGGAGAGGCUGGCGGCCUGCGCGGCCAAGCUCAAACUGCUGGACCAGAAGUGCAAGCAGGCCCAGAAGGCCAGUGAGGCCCAGAAGCAGGCGGAGAAGGAAGCGCCGCCAUCCCCGGGCCCAGAGAAGGCCACCCCCCAGGAGAAUGGGCCUGUCAUCCACAAAGCCUCCCCGGAGUUCCCUGCACAGGACACCCCCACCCCGUUCCUGGAAGAGGCGCCCACGACCUCCCCGGUGGUGGCUCCAAGCAGUGGCAGCGAGGAGGAGGCCAGGGAUGCUGGGUCCCCCGCCCAGGAGUUCAGCAAGUACCAGAAGUCGAUUCCUCCUCGGUUCCAACGCCAGCAGCAGCAGCAGGAGCAGCUGUACAAGAUGCAGCACUGGCAGCCAGUGUACCCCCCACCCUCCCACCCGCAGCGCCCCUUCUUCCCGCACCACCCUCAGAUGCUGGGCUUCGACCCCCGCUGGAUGAUGAUGCCGUCCUACAUGGAUCCCCGCAUCCCGCCCGCCCGCACCCCUGUGGACUUCUACCCUUCACCACUGCACCCUUCAGGACUGAUGAAGCCCAUGAUGCCCCAAGAUUCCCUCAGUGGGACUGGCUGUCGCUCUGAAGAUCAGAACUGUGUACUGCCACUGCAAGAAAGGAAGGUGACCGCCAUUGACCCGGCCCCGAUGUGGAGCCCCGAGGGCUACAUGGCGCUGCAAAACAAGGGCUAUGCGCUCUCCCACGCCAAGUCGGGUGACACCUUGGCCAUGGACAUGCACAUCAGGAAUGAAAGCCCUUACUGCACCUCCCCUGGAAGGUCAGGGGGCAUAAGUGCCCAGCGCGAUCUCUUUGAGGAGAGAGGGGAGGAGGAGUACUUGAGUGCUUUUGACAAGAAGGCCCCGGCAGACUUUGACAGCUGUAUUUCUUCUCAAAGAAUAGGCCAGGAGCUUUUGUUUCCACCCCAAGAAAAUGUGCAGGAGGUGGGUGCUCUUGGGGGUCACACCCAGAACCUCAGGUGUCCCCCGUUGGAGCCUGACUUUGUCCCUGCGGAGAAAAAGCCAGAGGACAGCAGCUGGGACGUGGGCCAGCAGCCAAAGGCUGCAGACACAGCCAAUGGUGUCGAGCCGGAGGCACCCCGAGAGCAGGCAGCCUUGCAGCUCUCCUGGGAGAAGGAAGGAAACCCCGAGAAGCUGCCAAACCCAGAGCCAGAGUGGGCGCCCAAGCCCCGGAGCUCCAGCAGCCAGCACCAGGAGCAGCCGGGCAGGACCCGGAGGUCGGGGCCCAUCAAGAAGCCGGUGCUCAAAGCCCUCAAGGUGGAGGAGAAGGAGAAGGAGCUGGAGAAGGUGAAGCAGGGCCUGGGCGAGGACGGUGCACAGCUGGCCAUGGCAGCGGAAAAGGAGCCGGCAGCACACAGAGCCGAAGACAUCGAGGACGAGGAGAACAACCCGGCCCUGGCCAAUGCCUCCACCUCCGCCUCGGAGGACAAGACCUCGGCCCAGGCCGGCUUUGGCCCCGAGGCCAAGUUUGAAGCGGAUGAGAAGCUGGACAAGACCUGGGAGAGCCGACCACCAAGGGACUCUGGCGAUGUCCCCCCUACCAAGAGAAACAACUGGAUCUUCAUCGACGAGGAGCAGGCCUUCGGGGGCCGCGGGCAGCCCCGCAGCCGUGGCCGGGGCUUCCGGGAGUUUUCCUUCCGGGGUCGGCCCACAGGCGGGAGCGGGGCCAGCCUGUGCGGCGGCGGAAUCCUCGGGCCACGCAGCAUCUAUGGCGGCAGCGGCAGCAGCCAGCGGAGCAGCCGGGGCCGUGGCCUGCGCAGCUUUCCCCAGCCCGAGGACUCUCCGCGCGCUAAGCCCCGGCGCAGGAUCGCCAGCGAGACCCACAGCGAGGGCUCAGAAUACGAGGAGCUGCCCAAGCGGCGUAGGCAGAGGGGCUCAGAGGGCGGGGCGGAGGGCCCGCUGCCUGCCAGGGACGAGGGCGCCCUGAAGAAGGACUCCUGGCGCUCCAGCAGGGCCUGCGCCGUGGCCGAGGAGCCGCAGGGCGGCCCGGACACCAAGAGCCGCGGCCCGCGGGCCUUCGGGCGCGCACUCCCACCCCGGCUCAGCAACUGCGGCUACGGGCGCAGGCCCUUUGCAGCCAAGGAGCCAGCGCAGUGGCAGGGCCGGGGCCCCAGCGGCGCCUGGCAGGAGUACGGCCCCGCCCGCAGAGCGCCAGACCGAGACUACGGCCCGGACUCCUACCGACACGCCGAUGCCUUCGGCGGCAGGGCUUUUGAGGACAGCCGCCCAGAGGACAAGAGGGCCUUCUUCCAGGACGACCCCGGGGCGGACCCUGAAGGCGCUGAGAACCGGCCCUUCCGCAGGCGGCGCCCCCCGCGCCAGGACAAGCCCCCUCGCUUCCGGCGCCUGCGGCAGGAGCGCGAAGCCCUGGGCCUCUGGGGCCCCGAGGAGGAGCCCCACCUGCUGGCCGGGCCCGGGCAGUGGCCCGGCAGGCCCAAAUUCUGUCCCGGGGACAAGGGCGGCGCUGGGGGCCGCUGGUCGCCUGAGCUCUCCUACCAGAACUCCUCAGACCACGCCAACGAGGAGUGGGAGACGGCCUCCGAGAGCAGCGACUUCAGCGAGCGCCGGGAGCGGGAGCGGGAGCGGCGAGAGGUCCCCGGGGCCGAGCCCCAUGCCCCGCAGGGGGACGGUGGCCUGUGUGGGGCCGGCGGAGGGGAGAAGAAGGAGCUGGCCAAGCGGAGCUUCUCUAGCCAGAGGCCCCUGGCGGACAGGCAGAGCCGCAAGCUGGAGCCGGGAGGGUUUGGGGAGAAGCCGGUUAGGCCAGGUGGUGGUGAGUCGUCCCCCCGUUAUGACGGCCAGCAGAGUGGGACGCCCCUGAAAGCCAAAAGGUCCCCAGAUGAGCCCCUCACGGGAGGUCUCGGUGGCUGUGCCAGUGGGGGCAGCCACUCGCCCUAUUCCUUGGAGCGGGCUGCUCAUGUCAACCCCGACAGUCCUGAGGCCUCCAGUAAGAAGCUGGAGAAGGAGGUCACGCUGGCCGCCCAGCGGGCCGGUGAGCAGGAGGAGCCUCGGAAGCAGUUCGACCUGAGUUAUGGAAGUGCCAUCAUUGACAACUGCGGGUCCAGCCCUGGGGAAGAAAGCGAGGUGGGCUCCAUGGUGGGGGAAGGCUUCAUCGAGGUCCUGACUAAGAAACAGCGCCGCCUGCUGGAGGAGGAGAGGAGAAAGAAGGAGCAGGCUGUGCAGGUGCCAGUCAAAGGUCGAGGCCUUUCUUCCAGGAUUCCUCCUCGAUUUGCUAAAAAACAGAAUAGUCUGUGCCUGGAGCAAGGUGACAUGGCUGUGCCCGGUAGCAGCCUGGGAACUGAGAUCUGGGAGAGCAGCAGCCAGGCCCUCCCUGUGCAGGCGGCAGCCAGCGACUCCUGGAGAAAAGCUGUCACCGCCUUUAGUGGCCCUGAGCCCAGUGGUGCCGAGCAGGGUUUUAAGAGCAGCCAGGGAGACAGCGGUGUGGACCUGAGCGCUGAGUCCCGGGAGUCGUCUGCGACCUCCUCACAGCGCAGCUCCCCGUAUGGUACUCUGAAGCCGGAGGAGAUGAGUGGGCCAGGCCUGACUGAAGCCAAGGCUGACGGCCACAAGGAGCAGGUGCAGAAGCAGUCUGAGCAGAAGGACACAGAGCACAGCUCGGGACAGAGCAAGGAGCACAGACCGGGGCCCAUCGGCAACGAGCGGUCUCUGAAAAACCGGAAGGGCUCGGAGGGGGCCGAGCGGCUGCAGGGAGCUGUGGUGCCACCCGUGAAUGGGGUGGAGAUUCACGUGGACUCCGUGUUGCCGGUGCCACCCAUUGAAUUUGGAGUGAACCCCAAGGACUCUGAUUUCAGUUUGCCGCCCGGCUCUGCCUCCGGACCUGCAGGGAAUCCUGUUGUGAAACUGCAGGAUGCCCUGGCUAGUAAUGCAGGGUUAACUCAGAGUAUUCCCAUUCUCCGGCGAGAUCAUCAUAUCCAGAGGGCCAUCGGCCUGUCUCCGAUGUCCUUCCCCACUGCUGACCUCACACUGAAGAUGGAGUCUGCGCGCAAGGCUUGGGAAAACUCCCCCAGUUUGCCGGAGCAGAGCUCCCCUGGAGGUGCGGGCUCCAGCAUUCAGCCUCCGUCCUCGGUGGGAGCCUCCAACGGAGUGAACUACAGCUCCUUCGGCGGAGUGUCCAUGCCACCCAUGCCUGUGGCCUCUGUAGCACCUUCUGCUUCGAUGCCAGGCAGCCACCUCCCACCUUUGUACCUGGACGGCCACGUGUUUGCAAGUCAGCCCCGGCUGGUUCCUCAGACCAUCCCUCAGCAGCAGAGCUACCAGCAGGCUGCUGCUGCCCAGCAGAUCCCCAUCUCCCUGCACACGCCUCUGCAGGCCCAGGCCCAGCUCGGGCUGAGGGGUGGGCUGCCCGUCUCCCAGUCCCAGGAGAUCUUCGGCUCCCUGCAGCCCUUCAGGUCUCAGGUGUAUAUGCACCCCAGCCUGUCGCCGCCCAGCACCAUGAUCCUGUCUGGGGGUACGGCCUUGAAGCCUCCAUAUUCGGCGUUCCCGGGCAUGCAGCCCCUGGAGAUGGUGAAGCCCCAAUCUGGCUCCCCCUACCAGCCCAUGAGUGGAAACCAGGCCUUGGUCUACGAAGGCCAGCUUGGCCAGGCUGCCGGGCUGGGUGCCUCCCAGAUGCUGGACUCUCAGCUGCCGCAGCAGCUGACCAUGCCACUGCCUCGGUAUGGCUCCGGGCAGCAGCCACUGAUCCUGCCACAGUCCAUUCAGCUGCCAGCAGGGCAGAGCCUCUCCGUCGGGGCCCCCCGAAGGAUUCCUCCACCUGGGUCCCAGCCACCAGUCCUGAACACCAGCAGAGAGUCCUCUCAGAUGGAGCUGAAGGGCUUCCACUUUGCCGACAGUAAACAGAAUGUUCCUACGGGAGGCUCCGUGCCAUCGCCACAGACCUACAGGCCUAGCUCUGCUAGCCCCAGUGGGAAGCCCUCUGGAUCAGCAGUUAACAUGGGCUCUGUGCAGGGACCCUACGUGCAACAGGCCAAACAGCGAGUGGAUGAAAAGCCUGGCCUGGGAACCAUGAAGCCACAGGAGGCCCCCUCUGCUGCCCCCCAGAUGAAGCGCACUGGCCCCCUCAAACCCCGGGCAGUCAAAGUAGAAGAGAGUAAAGCCUGACGUUGCCUGACCACCGCCUCACCUCACCCCAGCAGGGACAGCAGGGACAGUGCCACCCUCUGACCUGGACAGGACAGCCACCACUCGGAAACCUCCCCGAAUCCAGCAUCCACCUGGCCUGACCAAGAGUCCCUCCUCUCCUCUGUCCCAGAAGUUCCACGUCAACCAGCUCGCCCUGCGGAAACGUGGCAUCAACCUGCUCGCUUUGAGACAAAAGCAAAGGCUCCCUCCCUUUGUCCCUGCCUCCCUGUGACUGGAGUGAGCCCCUGCCAUCCGCAGACCGCAGCCUGCCCACCCGCCGCACCCCAGCCACAGUGGCUUGGCAGCUGGGUCAUUUUAGCCUGAGGCUUUUUGUUUUAAAAAGCAGCUAAGGUUUUUACAAAGAGGAAAGGAAAACAAAACGCCAGCUACGUCUGUAUAGCCGAACUUUUAUACGGUCCUCGCUGUCCUCUCCCCGGCCCUCUCUGCUGUCCCUCGUGGUCGCCUUUACCUCAUCCUGUUCAGCGUGUCACUGAGAUACCUUAAGAGAUGACUCUUAACAUGCUCCCCACGCUGGUCACCUUUGGGGGUCGCUGCCGGAGGACACAGUUGUGAGCGCUCUGGGGUUUGCUUGCCACUAGAGGCAGCGGGGGAGCAGAGUGGGGAGGUAGUGUCACAGCUGGAUACAGCCGGAGGGUUCUGGGGAUUUCUGGCCUGGGUUCUGCUGAAGCAAAUGGACACACUGACUGUGGGGUGCCAGGUUGUGGAGGCGGAGGUAUGGUCCCUGUCAUUUCCCAGAUGGGCCAAGAUGGCACAAGUGGUAGACGGACACACCACAGGCCCCGUGGGUGCACUGAGCUCCAGGACCCUGCACCCACUCUUUCGGGGGCCACUGUUUUUGUCUGCUUCCUCUCCUCAGCCUUCGUGACCUGUCCCUUCCUUUCUUCCGCUUCCGGGAGCCCGCGGUGUCACUGACAGCCAUCAGUGGUAGUCAAUUAUGUGUAUCUCUUUAGUGGCCACAGCAAGGGCAUGUGGUUCCUGAAGCAGGGCCAGGGGAUGUGUUCCUGGUUGGCUUGGGAAACCCCAGUCAAACUGAGGUGGGUCUUUAUUCCAGAGAAGCCCAGCAGCCCCCAGCAGGUAGCCCGCCGAGUCCGAAGAGCUGCUCAGGGAAGGCUGCUAGGAGCCCUGUGCUCUGGGCUUGUUUUAAAGUCAGGAACAGAAGGAAGCCAUCCGGGAAAGUGCAGUUCCUGCACCACCUGGAGAGUCCCUAGCCCGCCCCCUGUUGUGGGAGCUGCGGUGUGCCCUGUGGGGUCCCCAGGCCCUGGCUUGGACAGCUGGCUGCGUGUGCCGGGGCACGGCUGAGCCCACAGCCUGCCCUUGUCACCAUGGAUGUGACAGCUGCCCAAGCGCUGAGUUGUGUCCGGUGUGGAGCCUGCGGGAGGGAGCGCCUUAGGUACUCCGAAGCAGCUUUGUUAUUUUCCGUGUCAGUGUAGCAGGGUGGAGAUGUUACCUUGCACCCCAGCAUGCAGUAUGGCACAGUCUGGGUGGCCUCUGAACAGGGCAGUCUCACCGCAAGAUGCAUCUCUGCUUCACCUGCAGGCAGCACUGUCUCCACCUCACACCUGCCCGGCUCGGUGGUCUCCACCCCUGCGGGUGGCAGGGGCUUCACUCCUGCCUCUUCGCAAAGGGCUGCCCACCUGGUGACCCAGCUCUGGUCUGCCUGUCUCUCAUUGCUCUUCUCCUCCCCAUGCAAGUGUCCGGUCACUGUCCCUGUGAUGAGUCCUGUCCUCCCUGCUUCCACUGGCAGCCAAUGGCUGAGUCUGGUCCACUGGAGCCAUGCAGCCUUCUCUUCCCAUUACCCUUAGAAACAGCCAGACCUGUCCGUCCGAUGCUGGUGCACUCAAAGGUCCCGGAUGGCGUCACAAACGUGAGCAGCGCCCUGCGGGGGGAGCCUGCCGUAAAGAGGACAGUGCUUCUGGUUGGAGGAAAAAGAAAAAAGUCACCUGAUCUCAGCUCCAUUGCACCCUGUACUUCCUCCUCUCCUUCUCGCCCUAAAUAAAAACAAAAAACACUAGAA